AUGGCUACACCACUUUCCGGCAAUCGCUCCACGCCGGUAGCGCGCUUCAAUACCUACGAGGUAUCCAACUACAAGAUCAAAGCUGAGAUACAAUCUGCGCAGCGGACUCAAGAUGACCUCCGCCCACGAACCUCUUGGCCUCAUAGACCUAUGCGGAACUCGGACGAAGAUACCGACUUAAACCUGUCAGCUUUACUGGGAAGAUCACUGCCGGCCGACUGUGCAGAACGCACAGACUCGGUUGAUAAUUAUCGAGACCUCGAAAAUGCCAACCUAGACCGCACCUUCAGCUUCAAUUCGCUGUCGACCCUACAACGAGCUGAAGAAGCUGCGAGACUGAGCCAGUACCGGGACUCCCCCGUAUCAGCAUGUAUGACUGACCGCGUCCCACUGGACAUCAAGACUGACAACCACGACCCGUGCCCUCCUCUUAGCGUUUACACGCUCAAACAGAAGCGCAAGGACGAGAAGAGGUUCCUGAAGAGGCAGAAGGCGUACUCGAAGAAGACCGAUUCUCUGGAUAUCAACGAUGUUGCGUCAAAAGGCGGCUCAGAUGAGACCAGAUCCCCUCACCGCGCCGUGUCCGAUCCGUCGUAUAGACGCACCAAAGAGUUUGCAACCAACAUGAUUAAGAGGCUGACCCUCAACAAGUCGGCUCGAUUGACGCACCGUCCCAAGUCCUCGCCCGCGGAAGUUCCUCAUAUUGACGGCUUCGACUCCAAGACCAAAUUGCACAACUAUCUCAACGAAUCUUUGCCGGAGACUGUGUUGGUCGAGCAACCACCUGUUGAGAUCGCUGAACUUCCCGGAAGUUUACCCCCAUAUACUCUCUAUGAUGAGCCCAUCAGCCACGCCAACAACGGCGGCCAGUCUACUCAUAUACACAAUGCCCCCGCUGUGCCUUUACAGCGAGCAACUUCAGUACACUCCGGUCCAUGUUCUGAGCCUGCGCCGAAGAUGAUGCGAUGCGAUAAUUGCGAGUUUGGCAUCAAGCAUGAAGAUCUUUAUUUGCAGUGCUUGACCUGCAACCAAGGGGACAGAAUCAUCUGUAAUGCCUGCGAUGCCUCUGGUUUUAGCUGCCGUCAUCAACUCCUUAGAAAGAGGAGGAACUUUCUCCAGGAAGUCGAUGGCGUAUAUCGCAGCCACUCUUCACGUUCACCAUCACGUGGUCGGCCAUAUGAGAGUCGCAGAUCGAUCUUAGACCGACCUCGACUUACGAACAUUAUCGAUGCACAUAAGGUAGAGCUUGAGCCCAAUGCGCCGCCUGCCCGAAAAUCCGACGCAGACAGGAGAACCCUGGAGACCAAAGAGCUAGAGCUGCAACGCCGAGAACAGGAUCUCCAGCACAGAGUCCGAGAAGCCGGGCUUCGUGAGCGUGAGGGUUUGUUGCGACUUCGAGAAGCUGAAAUCGCCGCGAAGGCUAAGGAGACCGAUAGCAAGACUAACACCGACUUCAUGCGCUCGUGCAUGGAGAUGGCUGUCUCCCUGGGAGCUCAAUUUGCGAGCAUGAGCAGAUCGCCCUCGAACGCGUCCACCACGCCUUCGUCGCCGGUAGCACCACGUAGUGUUCAGCCAUCCGAGCCAUACUUUCCAGGUUCAUUGUUGUCAUCAUCAACGUCCGCUCUGGCCGCGAACGAGGGCGGGUUUCGUUCUCAUGUCGCGACCAAACGCAAAGCUGGAGUAAACGGGGAAGUUGGUCGCUCAAGCUCCGGUUCUGGCAGCAACAGGCAGGCAUCCAGAACUCCCGCUGGACAGUCUUGGGACGAUGGCAACGGUGAUGAAGGUGACGAGGCCUCCGGAUCACCAAAGAAGCCAAGACAUGAGGCAGAAUCUGCUGCUGCUGACAGCAGCACACUCUAUGCCUGUCACUAUUGCAAGUACGAUCCUUCCAGAUAUUCAGACCGGAACAUGCAGGAGAAGGGAUAUCGAAGCUGCUCAAGUGGUUAUUGGCCCGACAUCUCACGGCUUAAGCAGCAUCUGUAUCGUGUACAUUGGCGUGGCAGAUACUGCGGACAAUGCUAUGCUGUGUUCAAGACUGAUGAGGAGCUCAACGAGCAUCGACGAUGGUUAAGUUGCGAGCCCAAGCAGUGUCCAUUUCCGGAGAAAUUCGAUAUGGACGUGCAUGCGGAAAUCAAGAAGAAACGUCCCCAACAGUCAGCAAAGGAUGUUUGGUAUAUCCUGUACGAUAUCCUCUUCCCGGGAACACCGCGACCUGCCACGCCUUACGCGGAUCGAACGAAUGAACAGCAAGCCCCAAGUCCAUCCGCACUCACGGCCGAGCCGAACAGGCAAGCUCUUGAGCAGUUGUUUGAAGCGCGUCUAGCUCAGACAAACCAAGAAUGGAUGACUUCUGAGAUGCGCACAUAUCUUCGCGAGCAAUUGAGGGAGUCCAUGGCCGACCUUGUUCGCAGUAUGCAGUCGUCCGACAACCCUGCGCCGGGUCCUGCAACUCCACAGCGCUCAGCUGGUGGUCCUUCCAGACCCCGCCUUCUGAUUCCAGAGCAGUCCAUCUCGUCUGUCUCUCAUUCUUCUCAGCCAGCUUCAGCGGUGUCUGCAACGAGCGCGCACUCGGCUUCUAGUGCGAGGUGGCACCAUUUCCCAAAUCACAGCCGUACUCGCAGCUUCAGCCGGCCACUUCCUUCUCGAAAUUCGCCCAGCUCCAUUCAUGUACCGGAUGAGCGGUUGGUGCUCGAAUCUGCCCUGACUUCGGCAGUUGACACCACGCCAUCCGAACACAUCUUUAACGUGCCAACCCCGCCAGAUCCAGAGCAUGAUAGCUGGGGUCCGGGGUCGAACAGCUGGGAGCAAGGGGAUGAACUUGGCCUUGCCCUCUCUACCGAUGGUUUCUCAUUUCCAUUCAGUGACCCCACUGCAGCGACGGACAACCUGGUCUACCGAGAGAGUGCGUCAGCAUUGAGUGAUUCGCAAUUUCAACCAGUCAAGCUUCAGAGCCUGCACGAUCCAGAGACGGGCGGCACCGUUCCGACCCAACUCAAGGCAAAGCUCCCAUCGGAAGCAUCUAUCGACUCUGGGUAUGGCAGCAUGCACUCGAAAGGAUCACGAUUCGUGCCGGCGCAGCCUGAGAUGCCUGUUGCAGCCAAGGUUGGAUGGCUUCCGCCUCUAACAGCCCCGCACGUAUCCCAGACCGAGCAUGAAGCAACGGCCAUGCUCAACGACUUACCUGUACCGGAUAGUCAGAUAAACUACGGGGCGCUUGAUCUGUCGUUCGCGGAGUUCACGGCUGGUGGUGGGUGGGAUCUUUCGUAG